UGCCCCUUUAAGGCGGCCUUUCACGUGACUCGCGAGGAGGCGGGGUAAGAGGCUCGGUAGGCGGAAGUCGCCCGCCGCCACCUCAGCUCGGCGUCGGUGGGAGCCGCGGCCAUGGCGGGUAUCAAAGCUCUCGUGGCGCUGUCCUUCAGCGGAGCCAUCGGGCUGACGUUCCUGAUGCUGGGAUGCGCCUUGGAGUACUACGGUGUAUACUGGCCUCUGUUUGUCUUAAUAUUUUACUUCAUCUGCCCCAUUCCCCACUUCAUUGCAAAAAGAGUCAGUGAUGACAGUGAUGCAGCCAGCAGUGCCUGCAGGGAACUGGCGUAUUUCUUCACAACUGGAAUUGUUGUUUCUGCCUUUGGAUUCCCUAUAAUCCUGGCACGGGUUGAAGCGAUCAAAUGGGGAGCCUGUGGUCUGGUGCUGGCUGGCAAUGCAGUCAUUUUCCUUACUAUUUUAGGCUUUUUCCUUGUGUUUGGUAGAGGAGAUGACUUUAGCUGGGAGCAAUGGUAGGACAUCGCUCUGGUGCUGGUAAUAUUUCACAGCAUGUAUCACCAUAUGUAUCCUCUGUGUGUGUAUAUGUGUAUAUGUUAUAACAGCCGUGUGUGUGCACACUGAGGCAGAUGUAUGUGCAUAUACAUGUAGCUUUACAUUACCACAUCAUAACAUGCUUUUUUAAAGUGCUUUUCAGCCAAAGGGAAAAAGCCCUUGUGACAUCUGACCUGAUGUAGUCAGUAAAAGCUGGAACCACUGUUGCAGACCUGUUCCUAAUCUUAAAGUUUACAUAACAUAAAGCCUUUUUACUCAUUUUUUCACUAUAUGUGCAUUAACUUUUGUUUUAAUCAUAGUAGUACCGUUGACACGUGAUACUGGUCAAGCAUGCCUGUUGGGUUUUAACCGUGUAAUCAGAGUAGGCCAAGAUAAAGAUGAUCCUACUUGGUAUUCUUCAAGUUGAUCACCUUUCUGCUUUGAUUAGGGGUGAACAAAGACUUGCUUUUCAUUUCCAUACUCAUAAUUUUUGUGUUUUUCGUGAUAACAUCAAACCAAAUGUAGGUUUUUCAACUCUUUUACUACCUAAUGAAAGAAAAAGAAACUAACCCUGCUUAAACAUCCUUCCUUCCUCAUACGGUGUUCAUUUGAAAUUCUCCCUCCCAAGGAUAUUCAGACUUAACACCUGUGGUUAUACUUUGGGAAUAAUAUAAUCUAAUGCUUUGAGCUGACAUUAUUUUCUCUUAGAAAGGUUCACAAAAGAAGAAGCUAUGCACAGGACACUUACAAACAGUGUAAUACUGAACUCUGUAUUCUUACGUGUGAAAUGCCCGAAUUGCAAAGUGAGUGUUCCUUGGGGUAGGACUUCUUAUCUCUUCUGUUCUCAUUGCUUUCAAAACAUACUUAUUCAACUGCUAUUUUUUUGGCUGUAACAGAAGAUUGUUCCAUUAAAAUACUAUAUUUUUAAAAUAGCAUUAUCCUUCACAUAAUCACACUUCUAAAAGUAAACUUUCCUACUGGUUUGACUUGCUGAAUCCUGCAAAGUGUGGAGGCAUGUCCUUGGGUAAAAAUGCGUUCUGAUACAACCCUCACUCGAGAAGACCUUUCAGUAAUCUGCAGAGGGGUAAAGGAAGAGAUGCCUUAGUUUAUCCUUUCAUAUUAAAAUAGACAUAAAGAGGUUUCUGCUGUGUGAAGUAAGAAGCUGAGCUCCUGCCUAGGGUAUGUUUUACAUUUGCAAGUUCUUUAGGCUAGAAGUUUGCAACUGAGUGUUUUAUAGUUGUGUGAGUCAGUUCACAGCUGACUGCUGUCACCCUGUGUAGCUGUGAGAGACACCGUGUGAGGAGGUCAUAGAAUCCCCACCGCAGGAUGUGGCAGCUUCAUCAAUGCAAUGCUUUUUGCCUCCUAAGUCGUGUGCAACUAUUGCUGCUGCUCUCCAAACUCUCCCAAUACUCAUGUACUGCAAAAUGGGGCUCUGUGGGUUGCUGUGCAGAGCAAACAUCCAAGACUUAAUGUUACAUGAGCACUCUGCUGCUGGGUACAGAAAUUGUGCUGUGGGCCAAGUAAUGUAACAUCACUGAAGUAGGAAUGGAGUAUUGGGUUUCAGGAAGGGUAAUUACAUGUUUUAUGUUUCAACUUCAGAUGUGUGUAUGGUGAACAGUGCUGAGGAAUGCUGAGUAGCUCUGUUUUAUACUGAAGUGUGCCUAAGCUGUCAUUCUUGUAAAGAAGACUUAACAUGAAAGGAAAUGUUCUUUUCUGGA